CGUUGCGUAAAUUAGCCGCAGACGCACGCACACACACACACACACACACAUAGACAGACAUCAUGGCGGACGUUUUGGACCUUCAUGAAGCGGGAGGCGAGGACUUUCCUAUGGAUGAGGAUGGCGAUGAAAGCAUCCACAAGCUGAAAGAAAAGGCCAAGAAGAGGAAAGGACGAGGCUUUGGCUCAGAGGAAGGCGCCAGGUCCAGAAUCAAAGAGGACUAUGAUACUGUGGAGCAGGAUGGGGAUGAGCCAGGACCUCAGAGAUCUGUGGAGGGUUGGAUCCUGUUUGUGACAGGUGUACAUGAAGAGGCCACAGAGGAAGACAUCCAUGACAAAUUUUCAGAGUUUGGAGAAAUUAAGAACCUGCAUCUCAACCUCGACCGCAGAACAGGCUACCUCAAGGGGUAUGCACUGGUGGAGUAUGAGACAUACAAAGAGGCCCAGGCAGCCAUGGAAGGGCUCAAUGGUCAGGACCUGAUGGGCCAGCCUAUCAGCGUGGACUGGGGAUUUGUCAGAGGGCCCCCCAAGAACAAGAGGAGGGCUGGCGGACGGAGACGCAGCAGAAGUCCAGACAGGAGGCGGCGUUGAGUUUGGCAGUUGUUAUUGACUAGAGGAGGUGUCUGUCAUUUUGACACACAGUUUAUAAUAUUCCCAUUGACUAAUACCAAGCUAAUUUCAGAAUUUUUGUACAAUAUUUUUGGGUAGCAGUGAUUGGAUAUGUAGCUUUGUCAUUUCCAGAUAUUGAGAUAAGGAAUUGCUCUUCUUGAGAAAUGAAUAACAAAAGAAUAAAGGUCUCUAAUAGCAGCAUGUGCAUUUUAUUGUAAAUUGUUGUGCUGCUUUACAGUGCACCAGAAUGAUAUCCUUUCAGCUAUGUCUGUGAAACUAUUUACUUUAAGCAACCAACCUGUAGGUAAUACAUGUUUGUGGUUUUCAUGAUUCCCUCAGUAUGUUGUUUCAGUUUGCUCAAUGUUAUGAGCAUUUUAUUGUACUGGAGUGCUUUGUUUUAUAUUACUUGGGAAAGAUUAAACUUUUUAAAAGGCAAA